UUAGUAGUGUAGUGAUCAUAAAGCGGCCCCUCCUCGUCACUUCUUUCAUCAUCACUUUGACGCUAGCUUUCUAUCACACUACGCCUUCGCUUGACCAUUCCUUGAGCCUCGUACAACAUUUGCAAGGAUGACACACCGAGUUCCACACGCGACUGCAAGCUUCCAACACAAUGAUCAGUUUCCUUUCUGUGGAUUCGCAUACAUAACUGCGACCUUCACAAGUACGAUCAGUAGCGCACUGUCAACCGCCGCACAGGAAUUACAGAGAGACGUCUUGGACGUAUUGCAGUCAAUACAGAAGAUCGUCAACAUGUCCAAUGACGGUAGUACACGCGAGCAAAUUCUUGCAAACGCAAACAUCCUCUUCCCCAUCUUCCUCCCCGAUAAACUCAUCGUAACUUACGCCAACCCGUGUCGACAUAUCCCACCACUCCAGCUUGCGCUGCUCCGCAACAACUCUGACCAGUUCCAAGCAAUGGUCUUCUACGGGCAGCCCGAGACCUCCCGCAAAGCCCAUUUCCUCUUUUCCGCGCCCGCCGAGAGUCCGAAAGACGCUAUGCAGCAACUCCUCUUGCUCACGGCACGCUUAGUCAAAGAAGAAGCGCUGAAAAACUUCUAUCCAUCCCAGGAACUGCUCUACGUUGCAGAGCCGGAGGGAGGGUACAUGAAACAGACGCAACGUGGUCCCGAACGGGAUGGAGGUGAUCAUGAAGAAGCCAUCGAGCCGCGUUUCUGCUGCGGAGAUGAUAGCGAUGAUCGUGCCUUUUGGUGGUCCAGCACGAACGCUUGUAAUCCGGACUUUUAUCAGAAUCUGGCUGAGAUCGAACGCGAGAUUGAUGCCCUGGGCUCGGACUACUUUAGCGAUCAGGACGACGGUGGGGAGCUGAAGGAUUCGGGCUGCAACCGCGUCGAGCGGAGUGCCAGUGCCGCUGUGUGGUGAAUUUACGGGAGGGUUCCGACGCGAGACAUGGCGUUUUUGGUGAUGGGGUUGGGUUGGGACCGAAAAGUUUAUUGCUGAGACGAAGUCGCUGUCCGACGCUCUUGCUCGUGCCUACGUUCCUCGUGGUGGCUGGACAUGAGGGUGCUUUUGAAUGGUGCUUGAAGAGGUAGAAAUAUGGGGACAUGAACAGACCCGAUCGAUUGGUGUAUCUCACGCUACGCAUUGGUGGACAGAGAUCUCGUACGCUCACUUCUACGCCUUUGAUCAACGGAUG